AUAUUAAUAUUUUUUAUUUUCAAAUUGAGCUGAAUUUUUCUUUAGUUUUAAAGAAAACUUAGCGGAAGCCGUAUUUUCAAGAGAAUUACAGAUAAACAAUGCCAUAAUGCUAUAUUAAAGAUGUAUCUGUAGAGCAAACACAUAGGACUGUACUAUAAUGGCUGUGUGUUUGGGAAAGCGUGAUACCGUUUUUUCCCUGCCUGUGAAUUUUUGUCCCUCUCUCCUGCGAGGAAAUCGUGGCAGCAUGGAGUCCGUUAUGAGUAUUAACGGAUCAUGUGAGUCUGGGGAUGAUUACAGGUACGCGGAGGUGUCACACCCCGCUCAGAUGUUAGCAGGAAUGCAGACACUGCGACGGAAUGGCAAGCUUUGUGACGUCACUUUGUGUGUUGAUGGACGAGAAUUUCCUUGCCAUAAAUGUGUUCUAGCUGCCUUCAGUUCAUACUUUGAUGCCAUGUUCAGUGGUAAUAUGGUAGAAAGCCAGCAAAGCAAGGUGACCAUUAAUGGAAUCGAGUCAUCUAUUUUAGAAAAACUUCUGGAUUAUGCAUAUACAUCAGAAAUCACUAUAAACAGACAAAAUGUUCAAAAUCUCCUCGCUGCUUCCAACUUGCUGGAGAUCAUUCAAGUUAAAGAGGCCUGCUGCCAUUACUUAGAACAGAACAUGGAUGAAACAAAUGCAGUAGGCAUCCAUUGUUUUGCUGAAAUACAUGCUUGUGAUGAACUACAGCUAAAAUCUAAAGACUUUAUCCUGCAGAACUUCACAGCUGUCUCACAGCACGAGGAAUUCAACAACCUGUCCCAGAGCAAACUGACGGAGCUACUGUCUGAUGACGAACUGAUUGUAGAUACUGAAGAGACAGUGUACGAGGCAGCAAUGCGCUGGCUUGAUCACAGCAACGAGAGUAGACUCAAGGAAUUCUACCACAUCUUGGAGUGUGUCAGAUUACCCAUGAUUAACCCGUACUACCUACACGACUUUGUGGAGCAGAAUGACGUCAUUAAAGCUUGUGAACAAUGUAAGAAACUGGUGGAUGAAGCUAAGAACUUCCACCUUCUGCCCGACAGAAGGACUGAAUUCAAUAAUAAACGUAUGAGGAUACGUAAAUCAGCAGGUUUUGUGGAGGUGGUGGUGGCAGUGGGUGGGGAGGAUGAUAAGGUGGUGCUGAGGAGCGUGGAGACCUUUGACCCCAACACACUGACCUGGAAACCACUAGCUUGUCUACCAUUCGCCAUCAGUAAACAUGGACUAGUAUCUGUUGGUGGUUCAUAUCUAUACCUGGCUGGAGGGGAGUAUCCGGAUGGUAACGCCAGUCGGAGCGUCUGGAGGUAUGAUCCAUGUCUGGAUACAUGGGAUGAAAUGCAGAGCAUGCAGACUCCAAGAUCCGAGCUAGGACUAGCAAUGUUAGACGGCUACAUGUAUGCUGUGGGAGGCUGGGAUGGGAGUAUGAGACUGGACACUGUAGAACAGUAUAACCUCUAUACCAAUGUGUGGUGUUACAUCUCUAACAUGAAGAUGGCACUGACCAGUCCAGCUGUAGCCCCGGUGGACGGAUGUCUCUACGUAACAGGAGGAGCCAUUUUGGAUGAUGGUGAUGGGAUAGAACUUGUCCAGUGUUACAACCCUCGCUCUGACGUCUGGUCGGAGAAGUCGCCCAUGCUGAUUCCCCGGUCAGGGUCAGGGGCCUGUGUACUGGAUGGCAUGAUAUACAUCAUAGGUGGAUGGCACGCUUCUACUGAAAACACAAACAAAGUGGAGUGUUAUAAUCCUCGCACCAACCAAUGGAUGCAGAAAGCCUCACUGUCAGAGCGGAGGUACCGCCCCGGGGUGGCUGUGGUGGGCGGCAAGAUCUACGUGUGUGGGGGAGAGGAAGGGUGGGACAGAUAUCAUGACACCAUUGAGUGUUAUGAUCCGGAGUCUGAUAGCUGGGAAAUUAUUGCAGAAAUGCAGUCAAGCAGAAGCUGGCUAAGUUGUGUUGCCAUGGUGAUCAGAAAAGAAAUAAUCAACAAAGAAAGAUCCUCCCCAUUUGUCAAUGUCUGAUUGGACAAGAGAAUCAGAAUCUUAUGUCUGAUUGGACAAGAGAAUCAGAAUCUUAUGUCUGAUUGGACAAGAGAAUCUUAAUCUGAUAACUGAUUGGACGAGAAUUUUAAAUCAUGACAAUGUCUACAAAGUUAGAAUCAUGAGAAUUUCUACAAAGUUGGAAUCAUGUGACAAUAUCUACAAACUUGCCCUGGUAGAAUCAUGUGACAAUUCUUACAAGUCUGAAGCUCAUGUGAUGUCUACUAAAUGCAUUUUCUUUCUAAUUAACUUCAUCUAGUUAUCAAAGCAGAAUGAUGACUAAACAGUUUUCUGAACUGUUCAAUCUUUAAUUUAACCCUUAGUUCAUACAUGUACAUGUAGUUGUUUUGCUAACUUAUAUGCCUUCCAUGUUAUAUUUAUCUGAAGAAUCUCGGACGAGUGUAAUCUAAGUUCAUUGUAUAUAUGUUAUCUAUCCGUAAUUCCUUUUUUUUCCUCCACAUUUUCACAAUUUCAAAACCUGCAUGAAAUUGUAUUUCAUUGUCUAUAUGUGACCCAUUCUAAAUUUGUGGAUUUUUUUUCUCAUUUACAAAACCUGUGUAAAAUUGUAGUUCAUUGUUUAUUUAAUUGUUACCCAUUUUAGAUUUCAUGUUUUUUUUUCAUUUUGACAGUCAUAAAACCUUUGUAAAACAGGGUUGUAAAACACAGUGGAGCUGGUCUCCCAAAUAUUUUGUGUUCAGAUUCAGAAUGAUGCUGGAAUUAAUCCUUCCUUCACUGUUUUGUUCAUGUACUUUAUCUGUUAAGCAGAGUUAUCCCCCUUAACACAUCUUUGCUGGACAAAGAAUUUCCACCUUUGUACUUAUUGCAAUUAUUAUAAUAAAAAAAAUUAAAGAUAUGUGCAAGAA